GGAGCUUUCUAUUCCCCAGCAGUGACAGGAGCUAGUCUGUCCUUCCUGACUUUCCGUUAAGCAGAGCUGGUUUCAAGUUUCAGCUCCUCCUUGAAUUCCAGCUUGCUGAGACUUUCCUCUAGAAUCAUCCAAAAUGGAGCCUCUCACAGCCUACCCUUUGAGAUGUUCAGGGCCCAAAGCAAAGGCAUUUGCAGUUUUGCUGUCUAUGGUUCUGUGCACAGUAAUGCUAUUCCUCCUACAACUCAAAUUCCUAAAACCUAAAAUCAACAGCUUUUAUACCUUUGAAGUGAAAGAUGCAAAUGGAAGGGCGGUUUCUCUGGAAAAGUUUAAAGGCAAAGAGGUUGCACUAGUUGUAAACGUGGCUAGUGACUGCCAACUCACAGACAGAAAUUACUUAGCACUGCAGGAACUGCACAAGGAGUUUGGACCAUUCCACUUCAGCGUCUUGGCUUUUCCAUGCAAUCAGUUUGGAGAAUCGGAGCCCCGCCCGAGCAAGGACGUAGUAUCUUUUGCAAGAAAUAACUUCGGAGUAACAUUCCCCAUCUUCCACAAGAUUAAGAUUCUAGGAUCUGAAGCAGAACCUGCAUUUAGAUUUCUUGUUGAUUCUUCAAAGAAGGAACCAAGGUGGAAUUUUUGGAAGUAUCUGGUCAACCCUGAAGGUCAAGUUGUGAAGUCCUGGAGGCCAGAGGAACCCAUUGAAGUCAUCAGGCCUGAGAUAGCAGCUCUGAUUAGACAAAUGAUUAUAAAAAAGAAAGAGGAUCUAUGAAAAUGCCAUUGAACCAUUAUAUGGCAAUAGUCAGAAUACAAAAAUGUCUCCAUGAGGAUUUGGUCCCCUUUUAAAUUAACUCUAACAAUUAAAUAUGGCACUGAAGGAUAACUUUCCUUUUAUGUUAUCUUGUUAGUGAGUAGUAAUGAAUGUCCACAGUACAGAUGUUACCUAAAGCAAAAAUAAACAGCAGCCAGCGACUCUAAAUGAAAUAUAUUAAAUACUUCAUCUGACCACACUAAAUAAUUCAGAAUACCAAUGUGCUUCAAUAUCCUAUUGUUUCACUUGACAUUUUCUAGGAUUGUACUUGAUGGAAAUGUCAAUACACUAGACCAUUGUUUGAAUUCAAGAUACUGUGUGACAUUUCCAGAGUAACUGUAAAUGAUAUUUUUAUGUAAUGAAAGGCAAAAUAAACAUUGAAAAUGUGAAAUAUA